GUAGUUCACGUAGCAGUUUCUGUGCGCAGGCGCAAAAGGGUCCAACGCAGAGCAGGUGACAACAACUAAUUGUGCAAACAAUCGCUAAAAGAAAAAAAAAAAAAGAUGGGGACUUUUACAGUUUUCUGCAAGACUGGACAACCAUUCACAGAUGGAGGAGUAUCCCAAAGCCUCCUUGCCUGAUGUUGACGCAUGACGCAUUAAUGCCUAUCUUGAACGGAGCUUCCCGGAUUCCCGCUGUGCAAAAGCAAAGGACAAAACUCCAACCUGCUGCCAAGACACCUUAUCUGUGGCUGGCAGCCUGCAGGCAGGAUGGACUGGCAAAGGUGGUCUCGUUGAUUAUGGGCGGCUGCAGAGGUCAAAGGCUACAGGACGGGAGAAAACGCCACACUGGGGAUAACGCUCAGAGCCCUGACUUCAAGCCAAUUGAGCAUCUCUGGAAAGACCUGGAAAUGGCUGCCUACCGAUGUUCACCAUCCAACCUGACAGAACUGGAGAGGAUCUGCAAAUCCAGGAAAUCCAGAUUCGACAUUUCUUUAUGUACCUUUUGCCCAAAGUCAGCUGAAAUUGGUGCCAGCUCACCUGCAACACCACUCAAGAUAACUGCUACAACUGGAAAAGGAUCUGAAGAGUCUCAGAAUCUGUACCCUUCUGUGGGUUCUGUACAGGUGAGCAGUCCAGGAUAUACCUCAACUCUUGCCCAAAGUCUGUGGGAAUAGGCUUCAGCUCACCCGUGACCCUCAUGAGGACAAGCAAUGUGGAAAAUGGAUGGAUGUCUGUCUUCAUGUACCAUUUUUGUGAGUGUAAAAUAGCCAGAGCAUGUCAUGAAGAUCUGUAUUAAGUUUCUUCCCCUUUUUAGAUGCAGGAGAUAAACGAAAUAAGGCAAUUGGGACACGACUCCCCGGGUGAAUGGCCUGCUGCUGUAAAACACAUGACAAACUUAACGAUCAACACAGAGGGGUCUGUUUAUGCAUAAGCGCACGUAGUGACCACCGUCAACGUCUCGUCCGAUGCACAAGCCAGAUCACGGUUUGCUCUUGUGAACGCCAAUUGAACCGUAGAAAUGCGGCUUGACAGGUGAUCACUAUCGUGCUUCAGCUGGGAAAGCCUUGCAGGCCCCAUGUGACGCUCAACAGACACAAACAGAAUUGAGACGUUAUGGAUUGGAGGGUAUGUUUGAAGAUAAUUUAUAUCCUUAAGCAAUGGCCAAACGUUGUGGUGAGCAAUCUUAGACAAGGGGCAAUUUCAUUCAUUUCAUUCUUGCACUUAAUUCAUGUGAGCAAUGUGGACUUGCGUAAAGAUGACAGUGCUCCUUUUGUAACACUGUAAUGGAUUCCACCAGGAAUGGACCUUUUAGUUUAGUGGUAAAUACUCAUCUUGGGCAAAACAUUUGGAUUUGGAAGUGAAAGCGCGACCAUGCCGUUUCAACGAAGAAAAAAAUCUUUCAUGCUAAAGCGAUUUGUCAUGAAUCACAUUAAAAUAAGGGCUAGGACUAGUUCAGCAGUUUCAAGCGAACCCUUCACGAUGACCAUCAAUAAAAAAAAUGGAUGUCGCAUCAAACUCCAUUGUUACUAAGCGCAGUUCGUACCAACUUGACGUUUCUGGGGUUGGAGCAGUGCAGUAAACCGCAAGUCAAAGCUUUCACCUUCAUCAACCCAAAACACUCGAAAAGCCAUGAGAAGGGUCAAGUUGGAGAGGACACAUUAAGCAAAGCACAUGAAGGACAUUAAGAUGAGCUCGUGUCCCCGGGCCAAUGUUUCUAAGUAAGGC